CCGACGCACUUCCACAGCUAACGUUGCUUUCGUCCUACUUCAAAUGGCUAUGGAGUAAAUAAAGCUUCUUCCUUUUUCUCUCAGACAAGACAGAGAAAGACAGGUCUCUCUCUCUUACAAAACAACUUCUGGAAGUUCUGUUAGAGAGAGAGAAAGAGAUAGGAAAGGUUUCUCAAGUCAGACUCUUUGACCGCCAUUGAUGCACCUUCUUCGCCGCGAUAUGCUCACUAACUGACAAAAGUCAAUUCUUUAUCUCCUCAAGUCUCUCUCUCUCUCUCUCCUUAAGGGGUUUCCCUGAGAUUCCACCGUUUAUGGAUCUGACCGGAGCCUUCGGAGCUAGAUCCGCCGCCGUUGGGCCGUGCCGGGAACCACCAGGGCUCGAAUCGCUUCAUAUCGGCGGCGGCGACGGUGGUUUCACUGCGUUGCUUGAGCUUCCGCCUACACAAGCCGUGGAGCUUCUUCAUUUCACCGAUCCCUCGCUGUCUUCUUCUUCUCAAGCGGCGGCGGCGGCCGUCGCCGGAAUCGGUUUAGAUGUCUCUCCACCGCCGCCGCUUCACGCUUACGGAGCAUUGACUUUUCCUUCUAACGAAGCCCUCAUGGAGCGAGCGGCUCGCUUCUCGGUGAUGGCCAAUGAGCAGCAGCAGCAGCAAAACGGAAACGUCUCCGGUGAGACUACCACGACGAGCUCGGUGCCUUCUAACUCCGAUAGAGUCAAGACCGAGCCUGGUGAGACGGAUUCAUCUCAGCGUUUGGAGAACAAUCGAUGUGGCAAGAGGAAAGAACUCGACAAGAAGGUGAAAGGCUCAACGAAGAAGAAGAGUAAAAGCUCUGAAGAGAACGAGAAGCUGCCUUAUGUUCACGUCAGAGCUCGCCGCGGUCAAGCAACGGAUAGCCAUAGCUUAGCAGAACGAGCAAGAAGGGAGAAGAUUAAUGCACGAAUGAAGCUGCUACAGGAACUGGUCCCAGGCUGUGAUAAGAUUCAAGGUACUGCGUUGGUGCUGGAUGAGAUCAUUAACCAUGUCCAGUCUUUACAACGUCAAGUGGAGAUGCUAUCAAUGAGACUUGCUGCCGUAAACCCCAGAAUAGACUUCAAUUUCGACACCUUAUUAGCCUCAGAAAAUGGUUCUUUAAUGGAUGGGAGCUUUAGUGGUACAGCAAUGCAGCUAGCUUGGCCUCAUCAAGUCACCGAGACUGAACAAUCCUUUCAUCACCGGCAACUGCAACAACUACCACUACCACCGCAACAAUGGCCUUAUGAUGGAUUGAACCAGCCGGCUUGGGGAAGAGAAGGGGAUCAAGAUCAGGGCAAUGGACACAGCAGUUUGAUGGUGGGUUCUGCUAGUUUGCACCCAAACCAGGUCAAAAUGGAGCUGUGAGUAGCAGUAGAUUAUGAAUGUGUAUAUAAGCUUGUCUCGCAUUCUCCACAUAUAUAUAUAUAUAUAUAAAUUAUAGAUUUAUAUAAGAAUUAGCUAUCUGUUAAAGAAGUAUUUGAUUCAGAGAGACAAAACUGGUAUAUGAUUUAUUUCUUUUUUUUUUUACCAGA